AUGCGACAUCGUCGGCCCACGCGCACUAACACUGUGACGACGUACCACGAGGAGACGAGCCAGGCGACUUGGCUGCCUGGCGCUGAACCCGGUAUUGAUACGGCAGUCGCUCCGGAGAGGCUUCCGGCGCAUUUUACUAACCUGACCGCCGCGUGUGAUAUUCAGAUUGUGGAUUUCUCUGAUUCCGAGAUCCAUCACGUGCACGCUACGAAUGCCACGCUGGACGAGGCGCUGAUGGAGGAUCGACCAGAGGGGUCGCUGUGUAGAUGGGUCUCGGUGAAUGGGCUUGAUUCGGAUGUUAUUACUUCGCUAAGCAACAACUAUAACCUGCAUCGACUUGCGAUCGAAGAUCUUAUUCAAUUGCACUCCCGGACGAAAGUCGAUUGGUACACCGACCAAGCUUUUGUCGUGCUGACGUUGCAGAAGUUGGUACGACUACAUCAGCAUAGGGGCCAGGAUGGGAAGUGUGACUGCCCCGCUAUGGAGGAUUCGGAAGAUGGUAGUAGUAGCGACAAAGAUGACUCUGCGGGGGAGCUUGCUGGUAAAGCUCAAUCCCGCCGCUUCUCACCGGUGUCUUUCUGGUCGUCGUCAAAGUCCAAGCGGCACCAGGAUGAGAGUCCUAUCAAGCCCAUCCGUACCCUCCAUCGCUACGAGAGCGCGCAGAUCCCCGAGCACACGGCCUUCAUGGAGAAGCACAGUGUGCUUGCCGACGAAGAGCUAGCGGUCAGCGUGGAGCAAGUCUCCAUCUUCCUCCUAGCUGACAACACCAUCAUCUCUUUCUUCGAGCAGUCUGCGCAGGACGUCGAGACGCCGCUUCUAACCCGGCUGGACAGCCCAGAGACUAUGCUUCGCCGCAGUUGCGACGCCUCGCUCAUGCUGCAGGCGCUCAUUGACGCGAUUGUCGAUCUCGCCGUUCCGGUGAAGGAGGCGUACAACAAGGCGCGAAAGGAAUUGCAGGUCGAUGCGAUGACGUUCCCGGAUAUUAAGACGUCGCGGAAGUUGCAUAUUUUCGGAGAGGAGAUUGAUAUGCUGCAGAAUCUGUUCAAGCCGAUCGUGCAUCUUGUCAAUGCGCUUCGCGACCAUAAUGCUGAGCCGCUUCCGCCCCGCAACCGCGACGGCAUCCCCGCCCCCAUUUACAACCGCUCCAUCUCCUCCGAUGCCCUCCGCCGCCACAAAACCCUCCACCGCACCCCAACCUCCACCGCCACCACCAUAACCAUCACCCCGCUCGCGCACACCUACUUCGGCGACGUGCUGGACCACUGCAUCACCAUGAUCCAAGCGCUGGAGCAAAUGGACGCCUCGGCCCAAAACAUCUCCACGCUCAUCUUCAACACCGUCGGCGCGAAGAACAAUAACUUACUCAUGAUCUUUACGGUUGUGACGGUCCUGUUCGUGCCGCUGACGUUUGUUAGUGGCUACUUCGGCAUGAAUUUCAACUCGGGCGGGGGCAUUGAUCAUCCGUUUGCGUGGUUUUGGGUUGUUGCUGGGCCGGUGCUGGUGGGGUUUACGGCGUUGGUUGCUGUGACGGCCGGGUGGGAUUGGAUUAAAGAUCUGUUCGUCAAGAAGGGAAUUCGGAGGCUGAGGCGGAGAAGGGGGAGGGAUCGGGCGAGAACGGGGAGGAAGGUGUGA